GCCCUGAGGGGCCGAGGCUCCAGGUGAGCCUCACGUGGGGGCUGCUCCGGGAAAUCUUUCCCGAGCGGGCCCAGGCCCGGGCGAUGGCGUCGCCCCGGCGUGCGCCUCGCGCGGAGCUGGGCGACGCCGAGGCGGGCGACGCCGAGGCGGGCGCGGAGGCUGGCGCGCCGGCGGCGCAGGCGGCCGCGGCCCCAGCGGCGGCGGCCGGCGCUGGCGUGGAGGUCGCCGGCUUCGAGGGCUCGCUGCUGGAGGCGAUCGCCGAUGGGGCCGUGGCGCAGCCGCCGCUGCUGGCCUUCGGCGCCUGGGUGCAGUGGCGCGCCGGCCCAGGUCGCCGGCUUCGCACUGCGCCCGCGAUCGCGGCCAGCGAGAGCGCGCUGUGGCGGAGCACCAUGGAGGCGCUGCACGGCCAGGACUGGCAGGCGCGGCUGCGCCAGCAGGGCCCCGCCGCGGCGCGCAGCCCCGCGACGCCAGCGGCUGCGCAGCCGCCGGCGGCCGACGACGUCCUGCGGCUGCUGGACUCGCCGGCGCGCGCGUCCGACGCGGGCUCCGACGCCACUGGAGCCCUGUCGGACGGCAGCUGGGGGCCGCUCACGGACGACGAGGUCCUGGAGCGGCUGCUCAAGGACGUGGAGCCGCACGAGUCGAUGCGCGACUUCGAGCGGCGCCUGCUGCGCGCGCGGGCUGUGCUGACGCUGCGGCGGCAGGCGGUGCCGGAGGGCGCGGUCGAGUUCGGCAUGAGGAAGGCCCGCUUCCUGGUGGAGGCGCGGGCCCACGGCGAGGGCGUGGCGGCCGCGCUGGAGGCGAAGCUGCACGCCGUCCUGGACGUCGAGACGGACGACGCCGACGAGGACGUGCGGGCGCUGAUGGACCUCCUCGCGGUGGCGCGCGGCGGCAGCGCUCGCGACGCCGUGGCCGGCGGGGCGCCGGCGCGGCCCCCGCAGGACCGAGCCCCGCCCGCCGGGCCCGCCGGCGUCGGCGUGGCUCCCGCGGGGCCACCCGCCUUCCCCGCCUUCGGCGAGGACCUGCCGCCGGGGCUUCCCCCGCGGGGCGGGCCGACCGAGGCGGGCCCGGCGGAGCCCAGCUUGGCGGCAGCGCUGCAGGGCCUCGCGGGGGCGCUCGGCCGGCGGGCCGACAAGAAGUCGUCCACGAUCCAGGUGAAGCCGCACUACAGUCUGCCGACGCUCGGCGACGGCGACUUCGACGUGGACUCGUUCGUGGAGGAGUUCGAGGAGAUGGUCGGGCUGGCCAACGACGGUGCGGGGAUGUCGGCUCGCGUCAGCGGGCUUACAAGGUCGCUCGAGCUGAAGCAGGCUCGCCGGUCAGGCAGGCUGGCGGCGGAUCCCGACGAGGUGUACCAGAGCCUGAAGGAGCGGCUGAUGGAGUUCAGGGAGGGCUUGCUGGAGAAGCAGCAGCGGCUCAACGCCGAGUGGAGGACGCUCUCCCGCGGCAAGAUGAGCGCGCUGGAGUUUCAGGCGACGUUCGAGAACAUCGUGGCGGAGAUGGAGCUGGCUGGGAUGGGCAAGUCCGAUCGCGACCUGCUGCUCGGCUACCUGGCGCUCAUCUCUCCCGCGCACCGUGCAGAGGUGCUCAAGGAUCGCCGAGUGUAUCAGCGCUCUGGCGCCCAGCCCGAGGUCCGCGGCGUCGAGACCUGGAGGGAGGCCCAUCGCGUGCUGCUGAAGCUGGAGGAGGCCGAGAGCUCGGCCAAGGCGCUCGUCGCGGCGGUGGGCUCGGACUUCGCGCCCAGCCCGGGCGGCGGCGGUGGCCGGCGUCGGCGCGGUGGCGGUGGCGGCGAUCAGGAGCCGCCCGAGGUCGGCGCUGUUGGCGGCUCCGGCGGCGCCGGCGCUGAGGGUGCUGUGAAGGUCUGCUUCCAGAUGAGGGACAGCGGCACGUGUGCGCGUGGCGACGCCUGCAGGUUCUCUCACGACCGGGCUGCCAUCGCCGAGUCGCGGAGGACCAAGAAGGACGCGACCGGGCCGAAGGGCAAGGGCGCGGACGGCAAGAAGGGCAAGGGCUCGGACGACGGCGGCAAGGGCGGCCUCAAGUCGCAGCUCUGCCUGCAGUUCCUCCGGGGUGCGUGCAGCAAGAGCGAGAAGGACUGCAAGUUCAGCCACUCGGGUAAGGCAGCUCAGAAGGUCAUUGCGGCGGUCUAUGCUGGCGCGGCCGCAGCUAAGGCGCCGCCGCCAAGCCUCGGCAGCGCGGGCUCCCCCGGCAGCGGCCAGGGAGCAGCGCCUGCGGCCGAGGAGGCGGCGCGGCCCGCAGCCUCUGGCGCGGCGCCGAAGGUGCAAGCUGCGGCGGGGGGCAAGCUCGAAUGGGUGCGACCCUGUGGCGGCGUCUUCGGCCCGAGCUACGACCUCCCGCAGGUGAGCGUCGUCAGGGACUCGCCUUCGCCCGAAGGAGCUCUGAAGGACCUGGGCCAGAUCCCCGCCAGCGCCUGGGCGCAGGUGCAGGGGCCCGACGACGGGUACCACUACUUGUGCCACGCGCACGUCUACGGCCUCAGCAUCAGGACGCUCCUUGAUGGCGGGGCUGUGUUCUCCCUGACGUGGGAGGCGACGAUCGUCAGCAUCAUCAACGGCGCGAUCGCGGAGGGCAAGUCUCCUGAGGACCCGGACUGGCCGAUCGCGGGCCUGAUGCACUGGGGCCGGGACUCGAAGGCCUCGUCGGUGGCGGACAAGGGCGACCUGAAGAUUCGUGGCAUGGUGGACCUGCGCCUGGCCUUCGAGGGGCUGGACGGUACGCGAGUGGUGCGUGUGUUUCGCCUUCGGCUUCUGCGCGGGGGUUGGGACAGGCCGUUUCUUAUCAUUCUUGGGGCCCCAGCGCUCGAUGCACCCCCUCUGGGGAUCGGGCACCGGCCUACGCUACAGGGCCACUACCUGCCGGGGCUGGGCAUCACGGUCAAGCGUGCAGAGGCCGACGCGGUGCAAACGAAGCUGUUGACCAUCUCGGCGGUGUUCUCAGAGUGCGAUGCCGAUAGGCGUCGAGGUGAGGAUCGUCGGGCUGCCAGCGCUGUAGGAUCCCUGGUGUGGUCCGGCGCGGCCUGCCCGAGCUACCCCAUCUGCAUGGUCGGCGGCCAGUGCCCCGCGGAGUUCGGCGGCGGCGACACCGGCGUGAUCGUGCUCGACGACUCGGAGUCCGCCGUCCCCAUCUACCUGAGCGGCGAGGAGGGCGUGCGGCUGGAGCUCGGCGACUGCGCUCUGGUGCCAGCUCGCGCUAGCGGCUUCGCAGCGGGUAUCGUCGGCGACGUGGUGGCGAAUGGCGCGGCGGCCGUCUGGGCCGCCCCCGGCCCUUGGCUCGGCCGGGAGCAGCUCGUCCUGGUCGGCAACUGGGACCAGCCCGGCGUCAGCAUCGAGGUCGGCGACAUCGUGGGCGCCGUGAUUCAGACCGACGGCGAGCCGGCCGGCGAUGACCCGUCAGUGGCGCACGUGUGGCAGGAUUGGGACGAGCUUCGGGACAUCGUUGAGCUGGAGGUGCCGACGGACGAGUACUACGCCGAGCGUCUGGUCUACUGGCAGCGGAAGUACCCGAAGGCGGCCACCACCCUCCUCGAGCAUCUCUUGGCGGUCGAGGGCCUGCUGGACGUGUGCAUCGCGGCCGGGUACUCCAUGGGUGCCGAGAAGUCCCUCGACAGGCUGGCUCAGCCCUCCAUCGAGGCGCUCGGCGAGAUCGUGGGCCGCGAGGGCAGCGAGGCGUGCGAGAGGCAUCUGGAGCUUAUCAAGAACUGGUCGGUGCUCGAGGACGUGGCAGCGCUGCGGCGGUUCCUUGGCACGUUCAACUGGAUCCGCGGCCACUUCCCCAAGGAGGUGCAGAAGCCGCUGGGGAUCCUCACGCAGCAGCUCAAGAAGGACGCCGAGUGGCCGAUGACCUCCGAGAAGGUUGCGGCCCAGCGCGCCAUCCAGCAGCUCGCGUGCGAGGCCAUCCGCCUCGCGGUGAUCGACAUGGUCGGGGCGAUCUCGAAGGACCGCCCGCUCGAGCAGGUCGCGGAUUUUUGCCCCUACGGUUGGGGUGGCAGCGUGUAUCAGCUGGCCGCCGACCGCCGCACGCUCAACGUGCUGGCGAUGUACGGCGGCUGCCUCAGCUUGGCGCAGAGCAAUUGGCACCCCCGCCGGGGUGAGCUGUAUGCGCAGCGCGAGACCAGGCGGGAGGCACGUAAGGAUUUCGGUCGGCUGCCCGCCCUGUGCUGGACGGACCACGCGGCAGCGGUGAAGGACGCUACGUGUGAGGCCGAGACGGACUCCACCGUCAUCCGCUGGGUUGGCGAGAUCGAGAGCGACGGCAGCAGGCUGAUGAAUCUCUCGGGGCGGAGCGCGGCCCUUGGUGAUGGCCCCUCCCGAGAGAACGAGGCCCACGGCAAGUUCCUGCGCGAGCAGGCUCACUCCCUGGCGAACAUCACGAUCGAGGACAUCAUCGGCGAUGACUACCGUCCAGGGGAGGGGGCCCCGUGGGGCCUGGACGAGACCCCCGACGCGGCCGCCUUGCAGCUGGUGGCCGUGGCCGGGGCGGAGCGCGAGAAGGGCGACUCCAUCGCGCUGUGCCUGCCGGACUACGGAUGCGAGAGGCGGCGGAGCGCAGAGCAGGCGCGGGCAGCUCGACAGCUGCAGCUGGCGGCGCCAGGCCUGCGGCUUCGCAUGAUCCCGCACGACCCUCCGCUGGCAGACGGUGCCGGCGGCCUGUACUACAUCGCGCCUCCUCGCUUCCCAGGUGAUGCGAGUGGUAAGGCGCGGAAGCAGCUUCGCAAUGACGUGCUGACCGCAGCGGCCGCCGUCUUGCGAGAGUGUGCCGCGCGGUGGCCCAAGGUCGUGAUCGGGACGGGCCACGGCGGGCUGGUGGCGGCUGCAGCGGCCCACCCCAGAGUGGUGGAGGCCGCUCUCGCGCUGCGGUACGCGAGAGAGGCGGAGGGCAUGCAGGUCGCGGAGGCGUGGGUGAACGUCAGGGCGUUCGUGGCGAUCGGGCCGCGCGCCCACAGCCCGAGCAGGAUCGGCUUUGUGCGAGAGGCGUUUCCGGAGUUCGGAGCGGCUGCCCACGGCGACGAGCGCCUGGCCCCCCUCUAUUUGGUGGAGGGCGCCGGGGCGCACCGCCGUUUCGGGCAGGACCUCGGCGAGGCGCUGGGCGUGAAGGUGUCGGCCACGCUGGGCGAGGUCCUCAUGCAGGAGGUGGUCUCUGCCCCCCCGCGGCUGCUGGAGUUCAGCGGCGGCCGCUGCGCGUGCGGGCGGAGUUCGUUGGUGCUGGCGCGGUGCGGCCAGUGCAUCAGGGCCGACCGCGAGCUCGAGGAGGAGGCGCGGCUGGCUGAGGCGCCGGAGGAGGCGUUCGGGGAGCCCGACGCGGUCGACGUGGCGGCCUCGGCGGCGCGCAUGCGCGCGGUCCGCCCGCAGCCGGCAGUGGCCGUCGGGCCUGGCCCCUGCAUCGCCGUGUCGGCGGAGCUCGUGCGGGACCUCCUGGAGUUUGGCGGCGGCCGAGCGGACUUCACGUGCAACUGCAUCCGGGUCCGCCGAGCGCCGGCCGCGGGCUCCGUGGCCUUGGAGGCCGCGCGGGGUUUUUCCUAUCGGUUGUCGUGCUUCGUCGUGCCGCAGGGGCCCGAGCCGGGCGUGGAGGUGGCGCUGGCGCAGCCGUGCGUGGAGUUCGGGCUGGAGCUCGUCACGGAGAUCGACGUGGAGCUGCUGCAGGCGGGCUUGCCGAAGGGCGCCGAGCUGGUCCAGCUCUUCGCCUGCGCCUGGCUGCUGUGGGAGGGCGGCGCGCGCCUCCCCGCGCUGGGCGCUACUCACGCGCAUCGGCACUGCAGGGGGUCGGCCGUCAGCAACGGUGCGAUCAUCAAGGUGUCCUCCUACUCCUCCGCCUACUCCGAGGUCUUCGCGGGCGCCCUGGGGCUAUCAUGGUACCGGGCCCUCCGCGAUCGCUUCGACGGGCGGGCAUCAGGAGCCUUCGCCGAGUUCGCGGACUCCGACUUCGCGCGCGGCGAGCGGGAGGCCUUCGAGGUGCCGGACGUCCUCGGGGCGAUCACCGGCACGCGGGCACCGACGUCUGAGCAGGUAUGCUCCGUCGGGCGCGUGGCGUGCGCCCCGGAGCGCGGCACCCCAGACAUCCGACGGCCUUGA